AAUAGAAGUGAGUUGAAAUCAUUUUAUACAUUUGCAUCUGUCAGUGCAAUGCAUGACGACGAUUUCUUAUUCUUAUAUUAUUUUUUUCAAAAAAAUCGACAUUUGAAAAUUGGUGAACUCACUUAAAUCAAAUAUCAAAAUAUCUGUUGUGGCGUUGGAAAUACGAAUCUAUAAGUUCGAUUCAGAAAGGGAUUUAUUACCGACCUAUAUAACCAUACAACGAGAUGGCUCCAGGUGCGUUGCAGCAGAGACAAAUGAUUUCCUCGCCGAGUACUACACCGCAGUUUUGUUUUACAUUCAAUACAAACGAUAAUCGAGCGAGUCUGCCCUCCGGAGAUGCUGUCGGCGACAUUACUUAUCAACUUACACAGACCGAUUCAUCUACCACCAGCGGUGAAUCAUCACCCCGCGUGAUAAAAACUCAUGCGGAGAUCAGGAAUGAAAACUAUCUGUUAAAUACCAAUUUUGGUGAUCUGGACCGGAUGUGGGUUACCAUGCAUCCGAGAGACGUGGAAAAAACCGCAAACAAGUACUUGCUGUACAUAGAAAACUCUGUCAAAGGACUCAUUGCCGGCAAGUUCGCCGAUGCCCAAGGACCGACUAUGUUCAACAAACUGUUCAACUUGAUGUGCCUGGCGAAGACUAUUCGCGAGCUAAAUAAUUUGCUGCGCAACAGGUUCCGUGACUGUGGUGGAACGGAUUUGUUGAUAAAAAACUGCGUGUCCAAAGACCCGAAACUCCAAUACACCAGUGCCAGGCUAUUGGUGGAAUGCCUAGACCCAGGAAAUCUGGACUACGUGGUCCAACACGGUCUGGUUAAAGUCAUGCACGUGGUGCACGCGUAUAGGAGUCAAGAGAAGAGCACGGUUGACCAAUCGAUAGUCAGCACUGGUUUACUCGCAAAGCUAUUCGAACACAGUGAAGGUACGUGUAAGCGUGUCAUCCAUCUGAACGGAUUAGACUUACUACUAGCUGAAUGCCGGAGUCGUGAUACCCUGACCCUGCGAAAUUGUGCACGUGCACUUGCAAAUUUAGCGCUGUACGGCGGCCCCGAGGUUCACAAUCUGAUGGUCCAUCGUCACGCACAUACUUGGCUCUUUACGUUGGCGUUCAACACGGACGACAGCGUCAAAUAUUACGCUCUGCUGGCCACGGCUGUAUUGGCGGCCGACAAAACUAUCGAGGCGGCCAUGUUCAAUUGCGACACCCUUGAUCUGAUCGACCCCUUCGUCGCCACGCACGUUCCGGCGGAUCUGGUUGGAACCAACGCCCUUGGUCAAGGCCGGCGUUGGCUGCAGCGGCUCGUCCCGGUUUUGAGCUGUGACCGUCGCGUGGCACACACUUUGGCCGCCUUCCAUUUUUGUGCGGAAGCCGAGCCCUUGAGUCAGCUCCGCCACGGCAAGAUCUCCGGAACCUUCAGGUCGAUCAGCGCCGUCGAACCGCUGAAGAAGUUGGCCGGUUCCCUCAACGACGUGACUUCCGGGUUAGCGGCACAAGCGUUGCGGAGUAUCGGUGAACAAGUGCCGCGGCCGCUCAGCCAGAAAGUUCCGCUGUGGACGGUCGAAGACGUCCUCCAGUGGACCAAGAGUAACGGUUUCGGAGAAUGGGCCGAACGCUUGGUGGGCAACCAGAUGGACGGCAAUUGGCUGUUGACGUUGACCGAGGAAUGCCUGAAACAACCCGACGGGAUACAAAACGGAAUUAUGCGUAAAAGAUUUAUGAGGGAAUUACACAAGUUAAAACAGUUGGCCGACUAUAGCUGUAUAGACCCGACCAAUUUAAACUCAUUUUUACAAUCAAUUGGACCGGAAUUCUCCGUUUAUACGUAUUCUAUAUUGAAUGCUGGGAUCGACUGUGAAUCAAUCAGGCGUAUAACGGAUGAUCAGCUGGCAUACGAGUGCGGAAUCACAAACGGUGUUCAUCGCAUCGUGAUACUAAACGCUACCUAUCAAAAAUAAAUGUUAUCAUUUUAACAGUGAAAUCAAUAAUUGUUUUAUUGAUUUUACAUAAAUGGAUCUAAGUUAAUUUUACAUUAAGGUUUAACUAUUUCCAAUUUUGUACAGGUUUUUUAUUUAAUCAACUUUAUGUUAGAUUAGAGUAGAUUUCAAAUAUUACAAUAUAAUAUGUUGUAAUACUUUGAACAUUAUCCAAAAUCAGUCUUAACUGAUCAUUGUUUAAUUAAUUUUGUAUUUGUACUUAAUAAUUUUAAAAUAUAUAAAGUAAUAUUACUUAUCUUUCAAAUGCAUUUUAUAGUUUGAGUUGUACAAUAUGUUAGAUGUUAGUGUUAAAAAGCAAUAAGGUUUUCGAAGUAAAAAUUGAAAAUUACUUUAAUUAAUUUUCUCAAUUUUGGGUACUUGACUGAUUUUUAAUAUAACAUCAAAUUCAGUGUGUAAAAUAUACUUGUAUUAAGAUAAGUUACAAUUUUUUAUGUAAGCUCAAAAACAACAAAUUUGUAAUAAAAUAUUGUAGGUAUAUGGAUUUUUGAAUUCAUUACUUAUUUUGUAUUCUGUAUGAAAUAAAAAAAAGUUAUAAUGCU